CACAUCAAGUGUCACUUCUGUUAGUGUCAGAUUGGACGUCAUUACUUUCACUACUUUACUACUCGCUCCUCACACCGCAAAUCGCCACUUUUUCUAUGAUCGCCACUACCGCAAAACUUCUAUAAGACGGUGUCAGACAGAGAUAGUGGCGGUUUGCUACUUGCAGCUGUUCUAAACCCUUCAUUCUUGAAAAAAGUAACAAGUGUACAAUGUGUAGUUUUUUGAUCUCUAAAUAAAAAUAAAUUUUGUCAUGUAUUUCGACAAUACUGGGCUCGCGGUGGUGGCCCCUCAAGAAAAUCCAGGUCUGGUGGGAUUAGAAGGAGAAUAUGUUCAAACCCAUUGUAUUUUAGCAGACGGGGGAGAUAGAUUUGGAGUGUCGGCCUUAGCAUUCGAUAAACAUGAAGAGCUACUAUGGAUGGGAAAUCAAGGAGGUCAUGUUACAUCAUACAUUGCACCAGCAAUGCCCAAAUAUACUUCAUUCCAAAUACAUGCAACAGAGGAUGUGAGACAGAUUCUACCAAUUGAUGAGGGAAUAUUAGUUUUGACAGCAAGUACUCUGCGAUAUCAGAUUCGAAGGGGAAUACCUAUUUAUACGCACACACUGAUGUAGGUGAGGGAUGUGUGAUGCUUAGGCCACACAGUAGAUUUGUGUGUGCGGGUAAUCCCCUAGGUCGGAUAGAUUUGAGAGAUCCCAACAGCCUUAAAGUGGAACACAGUAUUGAAGCACAUACAGGAAGCCUGAGCGAUUUCGAUGUACAAGGAAAUCUUCUUGUCACUUGUGGUUUCAGUAAACGUCACAACAAUUUGGCAGUCGAUAGAUUUUUGAUGGUAUAUGACUUGAGGAUGCUCAGAGCUGUGUCACCAAUGCAAACAGUGAUAGACCCAUUCUUCUUGAAAUUUAUACCUUCCAUAUCUUCCAGAUUAGCUGUUGUUUCAAUGUUGGGCCAAAUACAGUUACUCGACACCAUUGCACUGGCUGAACCUCAUCUUUGUCUCUUACAAAUGGAAAAUCCUGGAGCCCUGUGUCUUACUUUCGACAUAUCAACAAAUGGUCAAGCUAUGGCUUGUGGAGACAACACAGGCCAUAUUCAUGUAUUCUCUACUGGAGCAGAACCUGUUGUCAAUACCUACUCGAGACCUUGUGAAAUGCCUGAUGCUCCAACAUCUUAUCCUAGUUUUGGCAUUGAAGACUACAAUACACCUUUGUCAGUCAUUCCUAUGCCAAUAGUUCCUGCUGAGAUACAGCUAGCUUCUUACUGGCCACCACAUCUUACUCAAAAAGUUUAUAGACAUUCAGCGGGCAUUGAUCCUGAGAUUCUGCGCACAAUGAAAAUGCAGGGUCCUAUUGGCUAUGCCCCAAACCCCAAAACAACUAGGAGAAAUCAAGUACCCUAUCACUUUGUCCAAAAUGGUUACACUUCACCUUUUGCUGCUAAUGCUAAAAGUCCUAAACACCACGAAGAUAAUGGUUCAUUCAUAGCCAUUCCGAAACGAUAUAGAAAAAUUGAUUUAAGGUACAAUAAGUUGGGAACAGAUGAUUUCCAGUUCGAUCAUUACAAUAGAAGUGGUUUUUCUGGUCUGGAAGCUACCUUGCCGAAUGCUUACUGUAACGCUAUGAUACAG